GCUUAACGACUGAGCCACCCAGGCGCCCCAAAUGUUAUUUUUAUUUCAUUCAAAAUUUAUUUUUCCUGCUUUUAAUUUGUAGUUGUCUUUACACCCCUCAUUUCACAAAUAUUAUCAUAGCAAAUACUUACUUAAUGCCUACUGUAUAGCAGGCAGGUCCCUUGCACACAACUGCCUCAGUUAAUACCCCAACAACAUAAAGAGUAGGUACUGUUAUUCCCAUUCCCGUUUGAUGAAUGAGUACACCGUGGCCCAGAAAGGUGGGGUGGUUUGCCCACAGGAUCACAGUGAGUAAACAGCUGAGCUUCAAUUCCAGCCCUGAGCUGUCUCAUUCCAAAAUAAACGACCUUCAUCACGAGGCUUACAAGGCUGCCCGAGAGGAGGCUGAAUGAAACCCAGUAGCUCUUACGGGGCCUCAUCCUGGAACGCGGUGGGAGAGGAGGUAGAAAGACUAGGUUGGGGGAGAAGACUAAGGCAGGCCCUAAGAAAAACCUCCAAAAAACCGCGGCUCAAGGUCAGGAACAUAGAGUGGGAUGAAGGGUGGGAUGCAUGCCCAAGAAAAAAAACGGCAUCUUGGAAUUUAUACAGCACCGCACACCACUAACCAGGCCCGCAACCACCCAGCCUCCUGCCCUGCGCCGCUGCUAAACUGACCUCUCCCCUGGACCCAAUCCCGCCGCACCCCGAGUCUCGCCUUUCUAAUCCAUUGUCUCGGUCCUCAUCUGCUCCGGUCUCGCAACUGCGCUCCAUUGGUCGAGCCUGAGCCAGCAUGGCGGCGCCCAUGUAACACGGUUUGUCCCGCGAAAGGGACGGCGGCCGUGGCGCCGGCCCCGCGCGGUCACAAGUCACCAUGCUGAGGACGGCGUGGAGGGCGCUGAGGUCGCUUCGGACCCAGGCAGUGGCCCAGGCCCCAGUCCUUGGGCUGCCGGGCGGAGCGUGUGCCAGGCCUCCCUCCCUCCAGUGGGGCCUUCCCUCUCCUCGCGGUGUCGUCCUCCCGGCCGUUCGCGGAUAUGCCACCCAGAAACCACCAGUCCAGCCCAGCCAAGAAGAUGACCCGCCGCCUUCCACGCUGCUCAAAGACUACCAGAACAUUCCUGGAAUUGAGAAGUUUGACGAUGUCGUGAGAAGACUCUUGUCUUUAGAAAUGGCAAACCAGAAGGAGAAGCUAAAAAUCAAGCAACAGCAGCUGAUGAACAAGAUUGUGGCAAACCCUGAGGACACCAGCUCCCUGGAGGCUCGAAUUGUUGCUUUGACUGUCAAGAUCCGCAGUUACGAAGAACACAUGCAGAAACAUCGAAAGGACAAAGCCCACAAGCGCUAUCUGCUGAUGAGCAUUGAUCAGAGGAAAAAGAUGCUCAAAAACCUCCGGAAGACCAACUACAGUGUCUUCGAGAAGAUAUGCAAGGAGCUGGGGAUUGAGUACAUCUCUCCCCCUCUGUACCACCGGAAAGGCCACCGACGCUGGGCAGCCAAGAAGGCCCUGUGCAUUCGGGUCUUCCAGGAGGUACAAAAGCUCAAGAAGCAAAAAAGGGCCUUAAAAGCUAAAGCAGCAGCGGCCCGGAAACAGAGCCAGAAGAACCCAGAGAGCCCUUCCAAAACUGGACCAGAGGCAGUCAAAGAAAACCAAUAAAUUUUAUUUGAGUUCUGUCUCUCUGCCUUAAA